AUGGUAUCGUCUCGAAACAACAACGUGAAGGUUAUCGUGCGUACCCGGCCUACAUCUAACUUUUCGAAGGACCAUUACAUAUUCGAUGCUGGAGCUGACAGUAUCGAUCUCAUAGCACCCGAGGUGGUAGAGAAGAAAAAAGGCGGAAGUCUCAGCGUGGCUGAUAAUCAAACCGAGCAAUGGCACUUUCAGGUCGACAGGUUGUUGGUCAACUGCAGUCAGCAAGAGGUCUACAAGCAUGCUGCUAGAGAUCUCGUCCGCUCAGCUUUCGAGGGAAUUAAUGGUGCUGUGAUCGCCUAUGGCCAUACUGGGGCUGGUAAAACAUACACGAUGGUCGGGAGCACGAGCAGCUAUGAACAUCGCGGCAUCAUUCCACGAGUACUAGCCGACUUGUUCAAGGAAAAGGAGGAGAGAACAGCGAUGAUCAUCGACAUCAAACUAUCAUACCUCGAAAUCUACAACGAGGCACUCUCGGACUUACUGGCAACUGCCAAUCUCGAUAUUCGUCCGGGCGACUCCAUCACAAGCGAUCUAACUAUGUAUGAGGACCUCAAGCAGGGCGUUCAGGUCAAAGGCCUACGCAGAGUUCCUGUUGAAGGUGAGGAAGACGCCCUCGCCGCCUUCUAUUCUGGCGAGAGUAAUCGAUCUAUGGGCGAGACUAUGAGCAAUAAAAGGAGCACACGGAGUCAUACCAUCCUCACAGUAUACGUGUCAAGCCGCAGCAAGCUCGAUUCAGCAGAGAAAAUAAUCUACUCGAAAAUUCAUCUUGUGGACCUGGCAGGAAGCGAACGAACGAAGGUUUCACCGAAAACGGAAAGUCGAGUCGCCCCGAUGGAAGUCAGCAGCAUCAAUAAGAGUUGCACCUAUCUGGAACAAGUCGUCCUUGCUUUGGCAUCGAGGAACAGGGAGCACGUCCCUUAUAGACAGUCUAAGCUCACUUACCUCCUCAAAGAUUCACUAGGGGGAAACUGCAGGUCCGUCCUCAUUGCAGCCAUAUGGCCGGAAGCUAGGCAUUUUGAGGAGACCGCCAGCACGCUUCGCUUCGCCAGUCGGGUGAGAUGCGUAUCGAACUCUCCUGGUGCUAACGUCGACAUGGACCCGAUCAUGUUACUGAGGAAAUACGAGAAGGAUAUCAAGCAGCUUCAACAGGAGCUGGGAAUGCACGACAUAUUAGCAGGACGCCAUACGGUCCGAUAUGACGACUACAGCCCGGAGGAGGUCGAAGAACUGGAGAAACGGGUGGUGCGAUUUCUCAAGGGGGAAGAUGCAGACUUCGAAGUGGAGUCCAUCCAGCAAGUCACGGAGGCCUUCAAGAUAGUUCGACGACUAUAUCAGAGUAUAUCUAGCGAGCUAUUGACAUUGAAGGCGACCCAGGAAGCUGGUCCUGAGCAGGCCAAGAGUGGCGUGAGCGAGAAGGUCGAGACUCCAAUGCCUUCAAAGGAAGAGACGGUUGGGAAAGUCGGUGAAGAGGUGCGAGAUGGGGUGGGAUUCUCUGCUGGAUUGGCUGGUGACGAUGGUGCUGCGGCUCCUCCUCGUGUCGAUGCCGAGCAUAUUGAGGCUAGUGGUGAUACUAGGACGGCUGGUCAUAGGAAGCAGAGUGCUGAAGCCGCGCCUUCUCGGCAAACUGCUUACGCUGAGUUUCGAAAACAACACGGCCACGCUUACGAUGAUCGUCAUCGGGCUCUCGCUGCCCGCGCUAAAGAGCUACGAUCUGCGAUCCGGGCCCUUGCUAGUAGCUCCAACUCGACUAUUGAUCAGAUCGAUAGAAUGAAACUUGAACUUUCGCGUUUCCAAGACCUCGGAUCAGAACGUGAGGCGGACGAUUCUGGGAACAUCAUUCUGGACGAAGACGAGUAUCGUAUCCUGAGAGAUCUGGCUGAAGCAAAGAAGGGGUAUCGCAGUAUGAUGGUAAGGUACGGAGAAUUGCAGGAGGAACUCCAACAUUGCUGGAAGCAAAUUGCUGAGAAUAAACGAGACCUGCUGGAUAAUUUCGCGGUCUGGUUCCUGAAGGAGUAUGGGGAAGCGUCAUUCAUGAUCGGAAGCGAUAAUGCCUCGGAAAAGGUAAACGAGUGCUUUCCAACGGCGGUUCGGUCUUGCAUGGAUAAGCAGGAUAAUCUGAAUAGUCCGCAGCUCGAUGCGGGGGAACAGUUCGACAGCUUGGAAGAUGCGAGAGCUAGGAUGAGGCAUCCGGACGCUGUGCCUUUCUAUCGAGCAACAAAAACACGUCGGCAGCGGAAUCCGAGGAAGUAG